UCUCUCUCUCUCUCUCUCUAUUAAUUCUAUCUUCUUUCUUUUUCUUUCUUUGUCCCAAGUAUUCUUCUUAAAUUCUAGUCACAAGAAAUGUGUUUGCACCUAUGAACAUAUCUACCUUUUCACUCUCCAAUGAAAGAGAAAUGUCAGUGAAGUUGAAGUGUACCGAGAUACUCGUAGACGUUAUAUUGAGUACAUAAAUGUGAAUAAGAAAAAGAGUGAAAAAGAAUAAGCAGUUUUUCGAGUUCACACUAUGUCAACCCUCUCUUUGUUUUUUUGCUAAAUUUUUCUCAUUUCAGUCUUUUCCCAAAAUCUUUGUUUGACUUCCUACAACCGAGACAUUUCUUCCUUGUUUUUUACUUCUAGUUUUUCCCAUUAGUUUUUCCUUGGAUAAAACCAGAGAAUAUUAUUAUCUAUACAAAACUCUAUGCCCUAACCUUCUAAACAAGUCAAAACCAAAAAGCAAAAAAAAACCUCCUACUACACAGCUAUUUUAUACAUAUAUAGAAAGGAGAUAGAAAUUGUUCUAUGGAUAUUGAAGGGCUUAUAGCAUAUCUUGGUGGAGAAAUUCAAGAUGUGUAGGUUGUUUUGGGUUUCUUGAAAAUCUCAAUUCGAGAAAAAUUAAAAAUCCUUAGUUAGCUUUGCAAAGAAGGAAAAGUUCAUCAAGAUGUUUCAGCAAAACAUGUUCGAUAGCCACAAUUUUUUGCUAGAUUUGAGCCAUAAAACAUCAGAAAACGAGAUGGACUUGAUUCGAGAUGAUGAAUUCGAGAGCAAAUCAGGCGCUGAUACCACGGAGUUAGCCCCUUCAGGAGACGAUCAAGAUCCUAAUAAACGUCCUAAGAAGAAACAAUAUCAUCGGCAUACACAGCAUCAAAUUCAAGAAUUGGAAGCGUUUUUCAAAGAAUGUCCUCAUCCAGAUGAUAAACAAAGGAAAGAGUUGGGGAAAAGAUUAGGGUUAGAGCCUUUGCAAAUUAAGUUUUGGUUCCAAAACAAACGUACUCAAAUGAAGGCUCAUCAGGAACGCCAUGAGAACACACAAUUGAGGAAUGAGAAUGAGAAACUUCGUGCCGAAAAUAUACGGUAUAAAGAAGCACUUACCACUGCUACAUGUCCAAAUUGUGGAGGGCCGGCUACCAUUGGCGAGAUGUCAUUUGAUGAGCAGCACUUGAGGAUUGAAAAUGCUCGCCUAAGAGAAGAGAUUGACAGGAUAUCUGGGAUAUCC